AUGCUCAUCUCCGCUCUCACCGUCUUCGCGCUCCUUCCCUUAGGCCUGGCCCUUCCAGUCGCGCCUGUCGUCGACCGAGCCGAGCCCGCCAUCGCUCUCGCGGUGGAUGAAAGUACGCCUGCGAUUGCUUCGCUUGCUGCUCCCGGGGUCAUCUCCGUCAAUGCGUUUGGGCGUGCCAUCGCGUCUGUUGCCUCAUCCGAUGAGAGUUUGGCCUUUGGCGCUUUGCCCCGUGCUGCCGUCCAGGCCGCUGCCAAUGACGCAGCGUCCAUUGACGCUUUUGGGCGACGAGACGCUCUUCCAACGGCUGUCAUCACGGAUACUGUUCCUCUUGACGCCUUUGGCAAAUAA